UGUUUUAAAACACAAAAAGUUAAAAUCCUAAAGCAGAUUACAAUCCGCUUAGCUUUCUAAGCAAUCUAUGUAGGCUUGUCAACAGGAAUCUUAGAAUCAUAGAGUUGGAAGGGACCUCAAGGAUCAUCUAGUCCAGCCCCCUGAAAUACAGGAAUCUCAACUAAAGCAUCAAUGACAGAUGGCCAGCCAACCUCUGCUUAAAAAGUGUAGGAAUCUAGGAUGAACAGCGAGAAAGGACUUCUUUUUUGCUUCCAGUGGGAUGAUGUAAUUUUAUUUUUUGCUUGUUACAGAUGCUUUGCAUUUUGGUUGUAAGCUGCCCUGGGGAACUGAAAAUGGUGGGAAAGGCAAGAGUAUAUUAAUGCUCUUUUUUUAAAAAAAUGCAGAAGGCACAGCCAGGCCAAGCUAAAAACCUGACCACGACCCGUUAGGGCUUACGAAGCGAGUCUCACAAAGCAGUUUGCAUUAAUACAUGUAUAAAAAUAAACCAUCCGUUUUGAGAAGUUGUGUAUAAAUCAAACAAACACAAUGGGAAAAUAAUUGUUUUGAAAGCAAGGUCAUUUAUUUAAAGAAGUGGGAUUCUGGCUGGGUUCUAGAUAGAGUAGUAAAUGAAGGUUGAGCUGGAAUAAUGGUUGUAAGAGUUCAGAUGGCCUGUCUGCAGGUCUUAAUUCGAACUCCCUGGAGUGGGCUAUUGGUGCCGGGACACAAAGGUAUAGUAACAGAGAAAAGGUUGCCUCCAAACGUGUGCAGAGUUCUCUGUCACUGCUGAGAAUCCAUAAAUGUUGCCUCACGUUUUUACAAUUGUAUAUAAGGCCUCUAAGUUGGGUGAAGGCCUUCUGGAAAGGUUUGGGCCUUGGUACUUGGGGGAAAAAGACUGUGCUGUAAUUAAUUAUUUUAAAAUUUAUGCUUAGUUUAUUUUAUUCCGAAUGUCAUUUGUUACCGAAUGUCUAUUUCCCCUGUUUUAUCUUGCGAGUUUUAAGUAAGAAUUGAGCUGAACUUUAAAAGGAAACGCGUUGGAUGUUGUAUCAAGUGAAUGGUGGUUGCAGGGAUUAAGAACGUAAGAAGAGUUGCUGGAUCAGGCCAAUGGCCCAUCUUUCCCAGCAUCCUGUUCUCACAGUGGCCAACCAAAUGCGUGGGAAACCUGGAAGCAGGAACUGAGUGAAACAGCACUCUCCGCUCCUGUGAUUUCCAGCAACUGGCAAUCAGAGGCAUACUUUCUCUGACAGCAGAGGCAGAACAUAGACAUUGUGGCUAGUAGCCACUGAUACAGCCUUAUCCUCCCAUUAUUAUUUUCCGAUCUUCAUUCAAAGCCAUCCAAGUUAUUGGCCAUCACUGCCUCCUGUAGGGUCAAGUUCCAUAGUUUAUGCGCUACUAGGAGAAGGGUUUUCUUCUGUCUUUCCUGAAUCUUCCAACAUUCAGCUGACUUCAAAAGAACAGGUUUUUUAUUUAAAAAAUUGUAUUUAUUUUGAUAUUUAGGAGCUCACGCUUAAUAAUUACUUAGCUCAAUGAAGCAUGGAGAGGUACAAAGCGGGAGAGUGACAAUGAGUGUGGGGAGGUAUCAGCCAUUUUCUGUAUUGUAAUCAAUUUAUUUUUUUAAAAGUAUUUUUAAUUAGAUUUUGUAAUUAAUUUAAUUUGUAAUUAAUUAAUUUCUCUAAUUAUUGUCCGUUUCUGGCAGGAAAUGCCACCACAGCAGCUGAUUCAGAACUUUCACUUUGAGCUGUAUGGACUUCUUAAAAUAGAAGAUUUGCAUUAACUGAAACAGGCUUCUCAGCACUUUCACCCUUAUCUCUUCCUUAAUUUUGUGGUCUAAGUCCUUAUGGAAUCAAAUUCCGAAAGCAGAAGAUAUGAAACGAGGAGAAAUGCGAGAGCAAAAGAACCGGUAGCCAAAUCUCGGAUUGACUGGCAGCGAACUAAGGGAAGAUGUAUAUUGUUUGAUAGCGAGGAAGAGAGUGAUGAAAUUACAUCAGCAUCAGAAAAAGAACUUGAAACCAGUUCAGAUGAUGAUUCAGAUGAGAGAGAGAAAGGUGAACCCAUACACAAUGAGGAUAAAGAUGAAACUUCGGUUAACGCAGGUGGCCUUCCAGAUGUUGAGACAGGUGGUGAUUGUGCAGCAGGAGAGGACGUAGAUGAAGAAAGCAUCAACCUUGGGAAACGCAAGAGGUCUCGGAGAACCGUACUGUAUGACAGCGACGACAGUGACGAUAGUGACAAUAGCGACAUUGUUAGGAAAGUGUUUGCCAAACGCAGUUGCAUAAUCGAUGAGAACGACUUGUCCGCUGAACACACAUCACCUGCAGAAAAAGAAGCAAAGAGAAAACAAGACAGGCUAAUGAAACUGCAGGAACUGUCCCAACGGCGAUCUACUCGAGCUUCCGGCCUCAGUGAAUGUCAUGAGGAUUCUGAAGAGGAUGUGAUAAUAGAAGAUGAUUCUUCCCAUUCAUCUCUCACACCAGCUGAAAUCAGUGAUGCAUCUGAGGUUGACAGCAUGAAAGAUUUCAUAGUUGAGGAGGAGGAGGAAGAGUUGGAACAAGAAAACUCUGAGGAAGACAAGAGCCAGUCACAAAAGAAAAAGCAAGCUAUGUCAGGCACAUUGCUGCAGCAGUUCUUUCCAUACUUGGCCCAUGUUGAUCAUUUUGUCCAUUUCCAAAGAGUUGUAAAGGCGUUUCUCAUCAAUGCAGUUGACAAUAACUUUUUGAUGUCAUUAUAUGAGGGGAGAAGACAAAAGAAGUAUGCAAAAGAAAUGUUGACUUCCCUUCGCUUCUUCGACAAUGAUUUUGUUCGACCUCGUCUUGACAAUUUAGUGGCGAGAAGUCGCUGGACAGAAAAAUAUACGAAACGGGUGGAUAGUUAUCCUGACAUCCGCAUAGUUGACGGAAUUGGAGAGGACCGUUCCUGUCAGGCCUGUGAACUGCAGAGGCACUGUAAGUUCACAGUGAUUCUGUCAGGGAAAUCAUACGAUUGUGAGACAAUGCAAGUAGACGACUUCAUGUCACAUGACAAGCAGGCGUUGGAGAUUGGCAUUGUGUGUAGAAACCGUACUGAAGUUUAUCACAACCUGAAACAUUUUAAAUACAAGCUGUAUCAGAAUUGCUGCUCUCUAAUGACAAGCAAUGGAUUCCAGGAUGCACCAGUCAAAGAUACAGUGUACAGAGUUUUCACACAGCAGAAUAAUGAAGGCUGGAUUGAACAGCAAUAUUCUGAACUUCAGAAGUACAUGGUACGUGCUGAAAACUUCCAAGACGAAAAAAAAUACUUGAUGUCAUCAUUUUUUUAAAAAGGCAUCUACUUACAAACGUGCUUUCCCUUGACUGGUGAUAGUAUUGGAAUAUCAUGCUGCGUUCCAGCUGUUUUUCUUUUUACUGCAAGACAAUCAAUGUGCCUGUAUGUUGUUAUGGAUACUAAUAAGUUAAUGUGUAUUUCUUUUUCAUUUUAAUUAUCAAAAUAAUCAUCUAAGGACAUUUUUAUAGUGGAAGUCAUCUCUUCUGUGUUCUUGAACACCAGGCAGCUCAGCUUAAUGAUCUAAAAUGAAAAACAGUCUCUGAAUAACCCGGGUGUUCAUUCAGGAAAUGAAAUUUUAUGCGCAGUGAUGCCCAGGUGAAUUGUGCCAGUGUAUGAAAAAUGCUUGGCUUCAAUUCUUUUUGAAAGAGGAAAGGUCCACAUGGUGAGAAGCCCAAAGGCUGUAAUAUGCAUACUGCUUUCCCAGCACAGUGUUUAAAACCAGCUGUAAACCAGGUACAUUCCCACCCCCCAAGUCACAGGGCAGUAACAAAUUAGCUCUCUAAAACCAACAGGCCAUCAUUGUUUAUGCAUCCUGGAGACCCAGAAUUCAUGGACUUGCAUUUAGCCGGCUGAGCGGUAAAAGAAAUAAAUAUCUUUACACAGCUA